CAAGGACAAGGUCCACUUCAGACUCUGCUAGCUUUAACUGUUCUCAGGAAUGCCAUCAGAGGAGUUUGUCCGUGGGAUGCUCUAUCUGUCCCUCACUGUUGUGGGAGUCCCGGGUAACGCUUCCAUCAUCCUGGCAUUCCUCCUCUUGCUGUACCAGGAGAAUCGCCUCCACCCAGCUGAUGUCAUUGUCCUGCACCUGGCCUGCGUCAACCUCCUGGUGGUUGGUGUUCGCUGUCUGCUGGAGACCCUGGCAUCCUUCCGCCUGGCCAACAUCUUUGGAGACGUAGGCUGCAAGGCUGUGAUCUUUAUCUACAGAACAUCGCGUUCCCUCUCGAUUUGGCUCACCUUUGUACUGAGCGGGUACCAGUGUCUGAGUGUUGCUCCUCCCGGAUCACGCUGGGCCUCUGUCCGCACCUUGGUUGCCCAGUAUUUGGGCUUUGUGUUCCUCUUCCUCUGGCUCUUCAACACCUCCAUCAGCUCGGCAGCCAUACUCUUCUCCUUCAGCACCAAAAAUGCCUCCAUCCCAACAGACCAUGGCAUCAAUGUAGAAUUCUGCUCUGUUAGUUUUCCUUCACAGUUGUCCAAAGAGGCAAAUGGGGCAAUCCAGGUGGGCAGAGAUGUGGUGCCCAUGGCCCUCAUGACCCUAGCCAGUCUGAUCAUCCUGGUCUUCCUUUACAAGCACAGCCAGCAGGUGAAGGGACUCCGCAGCAACAGUGGGGGUGGGGGAAGCGGUGGGGCCGAGCAACGAGCUGCUAAAGCCGUGGUAGCACUUGUGACCUUAUAUGUGAUUCUUUAUGGGGUAGAUAAUGGUCUUUGGGUGUACACUCUCACUGUGAGGAAGACCCUGAGUUCUUCGCUGAUCUCUGACCUACGUAUAUUCUUCUCCUCACUCUAUGCAGCGCUGAGCCCCGUGGUCAUCAUUGCAUCUAACAGGAAGGUGAAUGGCAGGCUGAGGUGUGUAGUGCAUGAGAAGCCUGUUCAGGAGCAAGCCACGAGUAUUUCUACAACGUGAGGCCUACUGUGAUAGCUGAUUACUGACAGGGCAGCAGAGGAAGCCAAGAUGAUAAAAACUAAAUCUUUCAAAAG